AUGGUAUUGUUUUUAUUGAUAUUAUUAUUUAUUAUUUUUAUUAUUCUUCGAUUUAAAAGUUGGAUUAUUAAUUAUAUUAAAGUAUUACAAACUUAUAAACAUAUUCCAUGUCCACCACAUAGAUUACCUUUACUAGGAAAUCUAUUCAAUUUACCAUUAAAUCCGUAUGAUUCGGCUUUGUAUUGUAUAUGGGUUGGUACACAUCCUAUAAUUUUUUUCUUUCAUCCAGUGGAGCUUGAGCAUUUUUUUGGUAGUUCAAAACAUAUUACAAAAUCAUCGGAUUAUGCAUAUGUUGAACCAUGGCUUAAAACAGGUUUAUUAACAAGCAAUGGAGCAAAAUGGAAGAAUCGUCGACGUAUUCUAACACCUGCCUUUCAUGAUAAAGAAUUACUUAAUAAUUUUGUUGAUAUCUAUAAUAAACAAACAUCUAUUUUAAUUCAACGUUUGGCUUCAAUUAAAUCAGAAAAAGAAGUUAAUUUAUAUCCAUAUAUUGCAUCAUGCGCUCUUGAUAUUAUCUGUGAAGCUGCAAUGGGUUUGAAUAUUGGUGCUCAACAUAAUAGAAAUUCUCAAUAUGUUGAUGCUGUUUUAAAGUAA